AUGCACUUGGCAUCGAACCACGCUCGAGACCCGCCUGGCAUGGUAUCCUUGGCUCACAUCCGGCAAGUGCUGUCAGGAAGGGAGAUCCGAGGCCUACUGGGCGUUACGACGAACUGGUUUCGGAUCCUUGAGAAGCAGAAUUUGGCCAAUCACGGCCGAUACUGUAUGGUGGAGUGCUGCCAUCUGCUGAGUUCUGACUACAAUCUUAGUGAAAUGGUCUGCUGGUGA